CGAAACGAAUAGUUCUUUUUGUUGGAAAGCCAUCUGUGAAAUCCUUUGACCUUGAGGCAUUAAGCCCCGAAUCGCAACUUUCGACAGCUUCCAGACUCACAGAAGACAGAGUGCGUCGCCUAUAUGGCGACGCAGGUAGCUCAGCCUGCGGCUAAUGUAGAAUACCCGCUUCUGCUGGGUCCAAGCUUGGCACCUGAGCCAGGCGAGGAGCCGGAGCAUUUGUACGCUGCCCUUCGCUACGACUUCAGGCCGGCCAGCGCAGACAUCGAACAGCCGGGAAUGCUGGUGCUGGGCAAAGAUAACAGGGUUUCUUUGUACCUAGCCAACGCCGCCACCUGUGAGCUGGACGUGCUCUUCGCCGGCAAGUACGAGGCGUACGGCAACAGCAACGGCGGCAGCAGUACGGCACAAGGGCGAGAUGGACUGGACUGUGUGGCGCUGUUUGACCCAGUUUCCGGUAGCUUUCGGUUGGAGCUGCUGCAGGGGCAGUACAACACAAAGUGAGUACCGGCACCUCGUGUCAUUCUGUCCCUAGACCUCGUAGGCAUCAUUACACGAGGGUGGGUAGAGCAGGGCGCGAGGCCCAGAGGUGAAGCAGAGAGGACCGGCUUUCCGUUAGAAGGGCGAAGGGCGAGGUAGCGAAGGGUUAGCUGUAACGAGCCGUGGUGGGAUGCUGGAUGGGAGGACCGGACUACCUUAAGAGAGAGCGGAUGGGUAACUUCGGGAUCUGGGUUUGGGGGUAUCCUGCUUGCCCGGUAGUUUCAAGAGCGCUAGGAUACGAGGUUGUAACAUCGUGGGUCAUGCAAGGCGCUGAGCCAAAGUCGUUGUCGGGUGCUUUCUUCCAGUGGCUUUCCUCCAGCCUCCCCACUUCCUUCUAGCGGCC